GUCCGAGUGGCGCCCGCUCGAGAGGGGCCGCGCGGCGCCGGGGCCGCCCUCCCGCGCCGAUGGAGUACGUGGACAUGAACAAGCUGAGCUGCGGCAAGAAGACGCGCGUGGAGGGCGGCCAGCUCGGCGGCGAUGAGUGGACGCGGCACGGCAGCUUCGUCAACAAGCCCACGCGCGGCUGGCUGCACCCCGACGACAAGGUCAUGGGCCCCGGCGUCUCCUACCACGUGCGGUACAUGGGCUGCGUCGAAGUGCUCCAGUCCAUGCGGGCUCUGGAUUUCAACACCAGGACCCAGGUCACCAGGGAGGCCAUCGGCCUGGUGUGCGAGGCCGUGCCCGGAGCCAAAGGMGCCGUGCGCAGGAGGAAGCCCUGCGGCCGCUCCCUGAACUCCAUCCUGGGCAAGAGCAACCUGAAGUUCGCYGGCAUGCCCAUCACCCUGACCAUUUCCACCAGCAGCCUCAACCUCAUGGCCUCCGACUGCAAGCAGAUCAUCGCCAACCAUCAUAUGCAGUCCAUCUCCUUCGCCUCCGGGGGAGACCCGGACACGGCCGAAUACGUCGCCUACGUCGCCAAAGACCCUGUGAACCAGCGAGCCUGCCACAUCCUGGAGUGCGCCGAGGGGCUGGCGCAGGACGUCAUCAGCACCAUCGGGCAGGCCUUCGAGCUGCGCUUCAAGCAGUACCUCAAGAACCCCCCCAAGCUGGUGACGCCCCACGACAGGAUGGCCGGCUUUGACGGCUCCGCGUGGGACGAGGAAGAGGAGGAAGCGGCCCCGGAUCACCAGUACUACAACGACUUCCCGGGCAAGGAGCCGCCGCUGGGCGGCGUGGUGGACAUGCGGCUGCGCGAGGGGCCCGCGCAGCCCCCCGGCGCCACGCUGCCCAUGGGACAGGUGUCCGCGGGGGAUUCGGACGCGCGGAAGCAGCUCGGUGCUGCCCAAGCGCCCAGGGAGAAGCUCCCCGGCGCCUCCGGCCGCGCCGACCUCUUCGACGACCCGUCCUACGUGAACGUGCAGAACGUGGAGAAGACRCGGCCGGGCCCGGCGCCCGCCGCCAACGGCAGCGCCCAGCGGGACCUCUUCGACAUGAAGCCCUUCGAGGACGCCCUGCGCGCCCCCGCCGCGGCGCUGCCCCCCGCGCACGCCGUGGCCUCCAUGGAGGAGCAGCUGCGGCGGGAGCCCUGGUACCACGGCAAGAUGAGCCGCAAGGAGGCCGAGAAGCUGCUGCGGCUCAACGGGGACUUCCUGGUGCGCGAGAGCACCACGACGCCCGGGCAGUACGUGCUGACCGGCCUGCAGGGCGGGCAGCCCAAGCACCUGCUGCUCGUCGAUCCCGAGGGAGUGGUGCGCACCAAGGACCACCGCUUCGAGAGCGUCAGCCACCUCAUCAGCUACCACAUGGACAAUCAGCUGCCCAUCAUCUCGGCGGGCAGCGAGCUCUGCCUGCAGCAGCCCGUGGAGCGGCGGCCCUGACGCCGCCGCCGAGCGCUCGGACUCUUCUCGGCCGGCGGACG